AUGUCCUGGCGCUGUCAUAUCGCUCAUGUACAUGCAGCAGGUUUUGUUCUCCUCGUCACGUGGGCCUGGUGGCGAUGGAAGCAACGUUCCGGUGCAGAGCGGUGGCAGCCGGACCAGCGGCGGCAGGAGGGCUCCGUGAGCUUUGAGCUACCACCCGAGGCCUUCUUCCGAGCCGAGGCCAAGGCUGCACGAGACCUGGGCGUGCUGGCAGUCGCCAUCUUGCGCGCGCGCCGUGGCUACGCCUCGGUACUGGAGCUCUUUGCUGGGAGCGGCCUGCGGGCGGCCAGGUAUCUGGCGGAAGGCAGCUGCGACUUCAUUUGGGCCAACGAGGCCAACCAGGAUGUGCAUCAAGCGGUGGUGGUGAACCUCACGCGUGCGACGGGACGAACGGGACGGGUUGGCCGCUGUGAUGACCUGCUGCCGGAGUGGGCCGCCCCGGCCCGGUCCUGGCGACUGCAAGAGGGCCUUCCACUGCAUGGCUGUGAGGCAGGGGCGCACCCUGGCUGGAGGUCUUGCAGGCAGGCGGACAAAGACUCCGCGUCGGUGGCCGUUGGGUGGCGUGUGACGCACUGGGAGGCCAGAGCCUUGUUGGGCUAUUGCCGCGCCACGCAUCGACAAUUCGAUGUGGUUGAUGUGGAUGCCUUCGGGUGUUGGACUCACAUUGGUGAUGCGCUCGAAGCUGUACGGCCAGGUGGCCUCUUGUAUCUCACCGCCACGGGAUUGACCUCCUGGAAGCCUUCUCGCUCCUUUCGGGCCUUGGGCUGUUUGGGCCGCUGCCCACCGGCUGAGACCAUCCACGACCAGAUGUGCCGCGCACUGGUGUGGCACGUGGCACAGACGGCUGACCGGCUCAACCUCGUGGCGGAGACGAUGUUCACGCUCUACCGAGCCAGUGGAGACGUUUACCGUCUGAUGUUCCGGGUGACGCGACGCUACGGAGAGAGCUCGUUGCUUCCACAGUGCGUGGGCCUUUGCGCUUGCGGCAGCUUUGUAGGGCCAAUAGAAGCUGAGGCCUUGUUUGGCGCGAGGAGCUUCAGCCGCAACUGCGAGGCGUGCUCCGGUGAAGUGGCCUUUUGGGGGCCACUCUGGGUUGGCCCUCUGCAGUCAGAGGACUUCUUAGAGGAGCUGCAGCGAGAUGCAGAACAGUACGGGCUCCAAGGCACGAGGGGACUGGGGAGGCGAUCCAAAGAAGUCCGCAGUCGCAAAUUUCCGCUACUGGCAACUCUCCGCGCUGAGAGCCUUUGGCCGCCGCCGCGCCCCUGGACGUUGCGGCUGAGCGAACUGGCGCGGCGUGCGCGGCGAGCGCCUGUGAAGCUCCAACGGCUUUUGGAGGGGUUGCAAGCUGAAGGGCACAGUGCUGGUCGAGUUCGCCAACUGGGGUCAGACUCUUGGAGAUUUGAGUGA